AUGACUUCAUCCGAUGCACCUGGUCGCCGCUUCUCGACGGGGGCUUCAACGCAUCGUCAGAGGCAGAUGAGCCAGAUCCUCGACAAGGAAGGGCAUUUCAAAGCAAAUCUUACAACCCUCUAUGUCGGAAUUUCCGCCGUGUUCGCAAACGACCAUACCGCGGCCGUGGCCCUCGCAAUCCAUGACACCGUCUAUCUCAUUGACUUUUCCGUCAAGCACAUUACUCUCGAUGACUCCGUGAAGACUGGCCAUGAUCUCAUCGCCGACUAUGUCAUCUCUGCCUUGCAAGCUUACGAGCAUGAGAAUUUCGCAAAGUUCAUAGGUGCCGGCCUACCCGCCACUGUCAAGUAUAUGAGCCCCUCUCUAUGCUCCCGCCUCUGGCUAGAGAUCGAUAUUGUCCCCAUCGUGCUACGCCCGGAUGAGGAAAACAAGGAGAAGAGUUUCUGGGACAUCAAGCGGGUGGAUGAGCAGGCUGACAGCAUGGCCCGCAAGUGUAUCAUGCACUUCGGACCAUCUCUAGUGCCGCUUCUCCAGGUCGGCUUUCGCGGUGUCGUUCAGACUGAUGCCGCAUUCCGUGCUCACCUCACUAACAUACAGAACCACAAGGAUACGUGCACACCACCGACCUGGGCUUCUACUGUCAAGUACGCCGACCAACUUCGCAACAAGAAGACCAAGAUUGCCUUCUUCAGUAGCACGCCGCAAGGGGGCGGUGUUGCCCUGAUGCGUCAUGCGCUCGUCCGCUUCGCUCGGCUCGUGGGCGUUGAUUUGACCUGGUACGUGCCAAAGCCUCGGCCUGGAGUCUUCCGUAUCACCAAGAAUAUGCACAACAUUCUUCAAGGUGUCAGUCACCCGGACCAGCGCAUCUCAGACGACGAAAAGGCUAGUAUUAUCGACUGGAUCACGGACAAUGCUGAACGUUAUUGGUUCUCGGAUGGCGGCCCCCUCUGCAGGCCGGAGGAGGGCGGAGCUGAUGUCGUUAUGAUCGAUGACCCACAGAUGCCUGGGCUGAUUCCCCUGAUCAAGAAGCGGACCCCGGACCGCCCUGUCUUGUACAGAUCGCAUAUCCAGAUAAGGACUGAUCUCGUCGCCAAGGAGGGCAGCCCGCAGGCCGACACGUGGGAUUUCCUGUGGGCAAACAUCAAGCAUGCGGACAUGUUCAUCAGCCAUCCAAUCCCGUCCUUUGUUCCUCACAAUGUCCCGAAAGAGAAGGUCACCUACCUGCCGGCCACUACCGAUUGGCUUGAUGGCCUCAACAAGCCGCUCAACCAGUGGGACUCUGGUUACUAUGGUCACAGCUACAACAAUGCCUGUCAUGCACAGCGCAUGACGGAGCUGCACUACCCUGCUCGCAAGUACAUCGCACAGGUUGCAAGGUUUGACCCGGCCAAGGGCAUCCCCACAGUGAUCGAUUCGUAUGCAGAGUUCCGUCGCCUUUUGGACCAACGCGGAAUCACCGACACCCCACAGCUCGUGGUCUGCGGAAAUGGGUCUGUGGAUGAUCCCGACGGAAGUAUCAUCUACGACCAAACGAUGAUCCAGAUCGAGAGGACAUAUCCUCACCUGGCCGGCGACAUCAGUGUUAUGCGCCUGGAUCCCAACGACCAGCUACUCAACACCAUCAUCGCCAAUGCACAUGUGAUCCUUCAGCUGUCCACCCGCGAAGGGUUUGAGGUCAAGGUUUCGGAGGCGUUGCACGCGGGUCGUCCCGUGAUCGUCACCAACACCGGCGGCAUCCCGCUGCAGGUGAAGCCCGACGUCAACGGGUUCCUGGUCGAGCCGGGAGACUGGGCGGCCGUUGCGAAGCACCUGGUCGACCUGUUCACGGACGACGAGCUGCACAAGAAGAUGAGCUACGAGGCACGGACCGGCGUGUCGGAUGAGGUCGGCACGGUCGGCAACGCGCUUUCGUGGUUCUACCUGGCGGCCAAGUGGGCCGAGGUCGGCGUCAGGAAGGGCGGUGGGAAGGGGGGCCUGGACGGGAAUGAGAAGUGGGUGAACGACAUGGCUCGGGAAGAGGCCGGCCACCCCUACAAGAAGGACGAGAAUCGUUUGCCUCGGGAGUUUACGGCGAAGAAGGAGUAA